GGCCGGAGGUGCUGACAGGCAGCCUGGGCGCUGGCUGAGGCCGCAGCCCAAGCACUAUGGCCGAAUUGAGCUGGAAGGUUCUGGAGCGGAGAGCGCGGGCCAAGCGCUCAGUUUAACCUGUGAUGCUCAUGAUUAGACACAACAAUUUGAAAUGGCCAAGUCACCUGAUGCAGUCGUCUCCUCUCUGCCUGCUUUCUUAAGGUCUGGCUCGGUUUAUGAACCGCUCAAAAGCAUUAAUCUUCCAAGAUCUAAUAAUGAAACUCUGUGGGAUAAGUUGGAUCAUUAUUAUAGAAUUGUUAAGUCAACAUUGUUGCUCUAUCAAAGUCCAACCACAGGGCUCUUUCCAACUAAAACAUGUGGUGAUGAUCAAAAGGCCAAGAUACAGGACAGUCUGUACUGUGCUGCUGGAGCCUGGGCUUUGGCUCUAGCAUACAGGCGCAUUGAUGAUGACAGGGGAAGGACCCAUGAGCUGGAGCACUCUGCUAUAAAAUGUAUGAGAGGAAUUCUCUACUGUUAUAUGCGUCAGGCUGAUAAGGUCCAGCAGUUUAAGCAGGACCCACGCCCAACCACCUGUCUUCACUCUAUUUUCAAUGUACAUACAGGAGAUGAGCUGCUCUCCUACGAGGAGUAUGGACAUCUUCAGAUAAAUGCAGUGUCCCUCUUUCUUCUCUAUCUUGUGGAAAUGAUUUCCUCUGGACUCCAGAUUAUCUAUAACACUGAUGAGGUUUCUUUUAUUCAAAAUCUUGUAUUUUGUGUAGAAAGAGUUUAUCGUGUACCUGACUUUGGUGUCUGGGAAAGAGGAAGCAAAUAUAAUAAUGGCAGCACAGAGCUACAUUCCAGUUCUGUUGGUUUAGCAAAAGCAGCUCUAGAAGCAAUUAAUGGAUUCAACCUUUUUGGCAACCAGGGCUGUUCCUGGUCAGUUAUAUUUGUAGAUCUGGAUGCUCACAAUCGCAACAGGCAAACUUUGUGCUCACUGUUACCCAGAGAAUCAAGAUCACAUAACACCGAUGCUGCCCUGCUUCCAUGUAUCAGUUACCCUGCAUUUGCUCUGGAUGAUGAGGUUCUCUUCAGCCAGACACUGGAUAAAGUGGUUAGAAAAUUAAAAGGGAAAUACGGGUUUAAGCGUUUCCUGAGAGAUGGAUAUAGAACAUCUUUGGAAGAUCCCAACCGGCGCUACUACAAACCAGCUGAAAUAAAGCUAUUUGAUGACAUCGAAUGUGAAUUUCCUAUAUUUUUUCUUUACAUGAUGAUUGAUGGAGUUUUUAGAGGCAAUCCCAAACAAAUAAAGGAAUAUGAGGAUCUUUUGACUCCAGUGCUUCAUCAGACCACAGAUGGAUAUCCUGUCAUACCAAAGUACUAUUAUGUGCCUGCUGACUUUGUGGAAUAUGAGAAAAGAAAUCCUGGUAGUCAAAAGCGAUUUCCUAGCAACUGUGGUCGUGAUGGAAAACUGUUCCUUUGGGGACAAGCCCUUUAUGUCAUCGCGAAACUCCUAGCUGAUGAGUUAAUCAGUCCUAAAGAUAUUGAUCCUAUCCAGCGCUAUGUCCCACUACAGGAUCAACGUAAUGUGAGCAUGAGGUACUCCAAUCAGGGACCACUGGAAAAUGACUUGGUUGUCCAUGUAGCACUCGUAGCAGAAAGCCAACGCCUCCAAGUGUUUCUUAACACAUAUGGUAUUCAGACUCAAACUCCACAACAAGUAGAACCAAUUCAGAUCUGGCCUCAGCAGGAGCUUGUGAAAGCUUACUUCCACCUAGGCAUCAAUGAAAAGCUAGGACUCUCCGGAAGGCCAGAUAGACCUAUUGGCUGCCUGGGUACAUCAAAGAUUUAUCGCAUUCUAGGAAAGACUGUGGUUUGUUACCCUAUCAUCUUUGACCUAAGUGAUUUCUACAUGUCUCAAGAUGUUUUACUACUGAUAGAUGACAUAAAGAAUGCACUGCAGUUCAUCAAACAGUAUUGGAAAAUGCAUGGACGCCCACUUUUUCUUGUUCUCAUCCGGGAAGACAAUAUAAGGGGUAGCCGGUUUAAUCCCAUAUUAGACAUGCUGGCAGCCUUCAAAAAAGGCAUGAUUGGAGGAGUCAAAGUUCAUGUUGAUCGUCUACAGACACUAAUAUCUGGAGCUGUAGUAGAACAACUGGAUUUUCUAAGAAUCAGUAACACAGAAGAGCUUCCAGAAUUUAAGAGUUUUGAAGAACUAGAAUUUCCCAAACAUUCAAAAGUUAAAAGACAAAGCAGCACCCCUGAUGCUCCUGAACUGAAACAGCAACCAAGCAUCACCAUUAGUGAAUGGAAAAACAAAUCAACCCAGGAAAUUCUGCAAAAGCUGAAUGACUGUGGUUGUCUGGCCAGCCAGACCAUCCUACUGGGCAUACUGCUUAAAAGAGAAGGCCCCAACUUCAUCACAAUGGAAGGUACUGUUUCUGAUCACAUUGAGAGAGUCUAUAGAAGAGCCGGCAGCAAAAAGCUUUGGUCGGUUGUACGCCGUGCAGCAAGUCUUUUAAGUAAAGUAGUCGACAGCCUGGCCCCAUCCAUUACUAAUGUUUUAGUGCAGGGAAAACAGGUAACUCUGGGUGCCUUCGGACACGAAGAAGAGGUUAUCUCAAAUCCUUUGUCUCCAAGAGUGAUUAAGAACAUCAUCUACUAUAAGUGUAAUACCCACGAUGAGAGGGAAGCAGUCAUUCAGCAAGAACUGGUCAUCCAUAUAGGCUGGAUCAUCUCCAAUAACCCUGAGUUAUUCAGCGGCAUGCUGAAAAUACGCAUCGGGUGGAUCAUCCAUGCUAUGGAGUAUGAGCUGCAAAUCCGGGGUGGAGACAAGCCAGCCGUAGACUUAUAUCAGCUGUCACCCAGUGAAGUGAAGCAACUUCUGCUGGAUAUUCUCCAGCCUCAACAGAAUAGAAGAUGUUGGCUAAACAGGCGUCAGAUUGAUGGGUCUUUGAAUAGAACUCCCCCUGAGUUCUAUGACCGAGUGUGGCAGAUCCUAGAGCGCACACCCAAUGGUAUCAUCGUGGCCGGGAAGCAUUUGCCACAGCAACCAACCCUGUCAGAUAUGACCAUGUAUGAGAUGAAUUUUUCUCUCCUUGUUGAAGACAUGUUGGGAAAUAUUGACCAGCCAAAGUACAGACAGAUAGUCGUGGAGUUACUAAUGGUUGUGUCCAUUGUACUGGAAAGAAACCCUGAACUAGAAUUUCAAGACAAAGUAGAUCUAGACAACCUAGUGAAAGAAGCAUUUCAUGAAUUCCAAAAAGAUGAGAGUCAACUGAAAGAAAUUGAAAAACAAGAUGACAUGACUUCCUUUUACAACACUCCCCCUCUGGGAAAAAGGGGAACAUGCAGUUAUUUGACCAAGGUGGUGAUGAAUCUGCUGCUGGAAGGAGAAGUCAAAGCUAGCAACGAGGACUCCUGUCUGGUUAGCUAGCGAGGAUGAAUAAGACUAUUGGGACAGCUAUUCUAGAAGUGUGUUUGAUCUUGUACCGAUGCUUAAUCAAGAUAGCCAUUAAUAUAUGAACGGAUCAUGCUAGUAAGGAGAUUUUGUAACACCCUAGGCAGAGAUAUUAGAACAGUUCAUGCCAUUGCCAAUGUAAUGGUCAAAUGAGAACAAAGUUUUCAUGACUAUGCCAACUGUACUGAAAAGCUUCACUGAACAAUAGAAAUAGUUUAUGAAUUGAUAAUUCACACUACUGCAUGUUUUAUGGGUAAGUAACUCAUCAAAAUGAAUCUGAUCUUUAUACUGAAUUCUUAACUUCCUGCUAUUAAAAUGGACUCACAAACUAGUAAAAGGUAUCCAGGAAUAGCAAACAUUUUUAAGUGGUAUUGUGCUAGGAAAAGAUGCUAAUAUACAUCAUACAAGGAAAAUUAGCCAGCUGAUACUUGAUUUUCAGAAACUGCAUUAUUGAUAAUAUUUUAGUAUAUGGAGCUAUUAUAUAAUGUUUACUUUGUAAACAUGAUUUGUAUUUGUGCUAAGUGUAGGAUUUGACUAAAAUAUUAUGUAAUCUGUACCUUACCUAACAUUUUCUUUGAAGUGCUAAAAACACACAAGAUUGCUGAGAAAUAUAUUACAUUUAGAGCUGCUAACAUUGUAAAAGCAAAAUAAAGUCAUGAGAUUUUAUUUCUGAA